AAUCAGCCAAUAAAUUUAUCGCUGGCUGAGAGAGACCCACAUAAUGCAAAAUAGCGAUCAAAAGCUGAUGAUUGAUCGAAUCAAAAGCCCUACUAUAGUCUAGCUGGGUCAAAAUAGUCAAAUUGCCUUGAUCAACAGACUUAAAAAUGUCAUCAGUGAUGUUGAGCAAGGCUGUGCAGCAAGCAUGGCCAGGUCUGAAUCCAUACUGUGUGGAGGGAAUGAUCUUAUUAAUUUCUGUAUAUUCCUGUAAUUGUUUUUGCAUGACCUUCUCAACAAUUUUUGAGAGUACCGGGAGUAUACUAAUAGGGCGUAAGUCAUCAAAUGGAUUCGGAUCCGAGUUUUUAGGAAGUGGGAUCACCAAUGCCCUCUUCCACGAGGAAGGAAAAACGGAAUGCCUGAUGCAGUAAUUAACGACAUGUGUUAAAUAGGGCAAAAUGAAUGGAACACAGAGUUGAAUUGUUUUUACAUUGAAACCGUCAUGACUCACUGCCCUAGUUUCGAUUUUUCGGAUUAAUUUAGAUAUUUCCUCCUCUUCAACAUCGCGAAAUGAGAACUGCGAAACAUAUAAUAUUAAAAGUGUGCAGGAGAAUAACGAAUAAUUUUUAACCAAGCAUGAACACAUUACAGCAAACCACAGUCAUCUAUUCAUUCUAUUCCAAUCUUAUUAUUAUACUUAUUCUGCAACAUCAGAUCAGAAACCUUAUUCAACAAUCCAUGGCGAAGUCGUGUAUACAAUAAUUGCUACAAGCGUAAAGGCCAUCCUGAAGAAUUGGAGAAUUAUCGGUUGCUUGGUGUGCUAUGUUCUGAUUUAUUUUCUUCUAAGAAAACGUGUCAACGGCAGACGAAAAAUUCGAACAGACAUGAUCGAACACAUCAUUACUGUGCUGAAUUUGGUUACGAAAUUGCCUAAUGCGUAAGGAUAAAAAGUAUACCAGAACCUAGAACGGAUUUGCAAUCAUCCCAGUGUAAAAAUAUAAUUAUUCGAACGGUGCAAUUGGUGCAAUUAUUUAGGUACUGACCUUAGGCAAAAUUAUGUAUUUCAUAAAACAUGAAUAUAUUAAACAUGCAUAUUUUAGAAGAGAGCAAUACCUCUGGUAAAGGCCUUCGUUUUUUUUUUCAGAUUUUUGCCAAAAUAGAAAAUCCCACUAAUUUUGAUCGGCUGUAUCUCGGUUGAUAUUAGGUUAAGAAAAAAGUUUAAAUAUACAAAAUUGUAGGGAAUUUAAUGGUCUACAACUUUGAACAUGAACGUUUCGGUCGAAAACUACUUACUCGUAAGUCGUAGGUUAGAAGUUAUGAGCAAAAACCGAAAAAAGUCCAAAAAUGCUGAGGUUCUUCACCCUGCUCAAGUUAGCACAAGAUCCUCAUGUUGGAUAACUUGACAGAGUCAUCCUACAGCACCCCCGAACAGCCUGUAGAAGUUUCAUUGAGUUCGGAAUUUUUUUCAGCAGACCCCACUUCUUUGCUCUGUCUACUGGACUACAAUCCGAAAUUGAGAUAGAUAUGGGAAAUUGUACAAAAACGUACCUGGAAUUUCUGAAAAAUUCUGGGUAAAUCCAAAAAUAAAAUAUUUACAUUGGUGACUUCCACAUGAAAAAAAAAUUUUUGUUCUCUUUCAUUCUUUUCGAUAUAAGAUUCGCAUACGUAAUCAUGAAUUAACCGCUACCGUAAAACCUACUCUCUAUAGAUGCUAGUAUUACAUAUUAGGUUACAUAUUGAUUAUAUUAUAUCAUUAAUUAAUUUCAAUUUUUUAAUGAUAAUAAUAAUUUUCCAAAUUCUUACUGUGUAUUCAAUGUUGAACUAUCCACACUGAGAUUCAAGUAGAGCUUGAAAAUCAAACAAAAAUAUCGAUGGCGGAAAAUUUAUUUGCAGACCUACGAAAACAGGAGUAGGAAAGUCUGAAAAUAUUUUCAUGUGAUAUUUAUCUUAUCUGAUUACAAUAUUCCUGAUUGUAUUUUUUCAGGAUAAAACAAUAUUUAGAGAAUAGAGUAAAUCAUUUUCACUUUUUUAACAUAUCAUGACUACUAUUGAAGAGAAAUUCAAGCUACCCAAAAUGUAUCGUGAAUGUUCAUUGAAUAUUUGGAGCGAAUUCCACAAAAUGAUCAAUACUUAUAAUGCAUUGGAUUUAACAAUGGGUUGUCCAGAUUUUUCACCUUCGGAGCGUGUAACAGGUGCACUAGAAAUGGUAGCAAAGCCUGAAAUCCAGCAAAAUUAUAACCCUCUUGGACAAACCAAGCUUCUGGAAGUAUUGGCAGAAUUAUAUAGCAAACUACUCAAACGCAAAAUAUAUCCUGAGAAAGAACUCAUAACAAUGUCAACUGGUUGUCAAAGUCUUCACGUCAUUAUUAUGACCUUUGUAGAAAAAAAUGACGAAGUUAUAAUAAUUGAACCCUAUUUUGACUUUUACGAAACCCUUGUUAGCCUUGCAGGUGGAAAAUGUAGAUUUGUCCCACUCAGACUUUGCAGAAAUUAUGCAGAAAAGGAAAAUGUUUGUACUUCGUAUUGGAGUUUAGACAAUGAGGAAUUGCAAAGUGCUUUCAAUAAAAACACUAAACUGUUUAUUUUAAACACUCCAAACAAUCCUUUAGGAAAGGUAUUCACUCAUAAAGAAAUUUCGGCUAUAGCAGACUUAUGUAAGAAGUGGAAUGUUGUCUGUCUAGCAGAUGAAGUUUAUGAGUUUUUUGUAUACCCUCCCCAUGAACAUAUUAGAAUAUCGACUUUACCAAGUAUGUGGGAGAGAACAGUUACCAUGAUAUGUCCUGGAAAAACAUUUGGUGUUACUGGAUGGGAGUUGGGAGUAGCAUAUUCAUCCGAAGAAUUGGUAAAAAAACUACAAAUUACUCACCAAAAUAUUGUUCACACCAAUAACAUACCAAUACAAGAAGCUUUUGCUAUGCUAUAUAAAAAGGAAAUUGAAACGCAUAAAGACAAAUGCAUAUUAACUUCUUUAACUAAAAAUCUAGAGCCAAAAAGAGAUUUUAUGAUGAAAAUAUUAAAAGAAGCAGGUAUGAAUCCUAUACUGCCAGAAGGAGGUUUUUUCAUUGUUGCAAAUUGGUCAUCUUUAGCUUCAAAAUUUAAUUUUAAAAGCAAAGUUGGAAAACCUAAAGAUAUUCAAUUCGCUGAAUGGAUGAUUAGACAUAUCGGGUUGGCUGUUAUUCCGAUAACUUCUUUCUAUAGUGAAGGGCAUAAAAAUUUAGGUGAAAAUUAUGUUCGAUUCUGUUUCUACAAAAAAUCUGAAACUCUCCAGAAAUUUGCAAAUAUUAUACAAAAAUUAUCAAAAACAGAUUUAACAGAAUAAGUUAAGUUUAGCAGGUUGAAAGAAAUCACUUUAUACAUAUAUGACUUAAAUUUAUAUAAAUAUCCAUGUAUGUAGAUAUAUGAAAGUUUCGUGUAAAAAUUUGAAUGAAUAAUAAAUAAGGGUGUUCUGAAAUACCAGUCUUCACAAUAAUUUAUUCCUCAUUCAAUAUUAUAUCUUCCUUGGAAACACCGUAACGCCAUGAUAGUUUUCUCAAUGACUUUCCAAUUUUAUUCUUGGCACUUCCGAUUAACUGAUUUGCUAUAUCUUCAGUUAUCAUCUAGGUCUUCCACUUUUCGGAAAAUUGAGACAUUGGAAAGCUUCCUCACAUUCUGCUAUUACACUAUACAUAGUGAUUUUCGACUUUCGUUUUUUGAAUGUAACGCUCAGUUUUCUAUUUAUAAUCAGAUUACUUAUUGAAUUUUAUAUUUCUUCAAUCUAUCAUUUGCAAAUUUUUCAAAGAAAACUCUUCUAUAUCUAUAUUUUAGACAACUUUAAUUUUAUGUUAGCAUAAUAUUUGAUAGCUAACAGACAAUUUCUUAAUUCCCGAAAAAGUACCUCCUUGAGACACGAAACCGCAACCUCCGAAUAUCAAAUAUUAUGCCAUUAUAAUUAAACUCAGACAUAAACCCAUUUUUCUAAUAUUAUAUGUAUGUUGAAUUUAAAAAAAAAUUGGAAAAUUAAAGAACCUAGCAUUGGUUGGUUGGUUCCUAUAUUUCAUUUGUAUAGCUACGACCAUUUAAGAUGCUCAUGGGCAAAAAUAACUAGGUACUUUGAAGUCGUAAAAUCAAUUUCAAUGUUUCUUCUGCUAUGCAAGGAUCAACUUCGAUAUAUUUCACCCGAGAUAAUGGUUUAUUGAUGUUCUUAAAAGCAUCUUUUCCCACAAAAUCAUGUUUGAUUGCCAAAAUCGUUAGCUAUGAGGACUAAAUGACAUUCAAUCUAUAUUUAAAAAUGGGGCCCUGUUUUUCAUGUCAUAGCAUCACGUAAAAACCGCUUAACCGAUUUUAUUCAUUUUUUUAAAUCUUCUAAUCCUUUCUAGAAUAAAAUUAAAGAAGGAAAAUUCCAAAAAUAUUCCUAAAAAAAAUCAAGAAAAGGUCUAUCGGGUCAGCUACAUAGACAGUUAAUUUCGGAAUUUCUCAACCAUUAAUAUGUUGGGGUUAGAAUUUUGAGUGGAAAAUGCCUUCUUUUUAUC